AGACCGACAGAAAGAGAAAGAGAGGGCCAGACCUGGUAUUGUAUUGUAUUGUGUAUUGGUCUUGUUGUUGCUGUGUUGUUGUUGUUGUGUUGUUGUUGUGUUGUAGCUCUGUUUGCAAGCUCCCUUCCUUUCCCCACUCGCCUCGAUCCUCGCGCAAUCCCACCUCCAUUCUGCGCCAUGCCUGCUGCGCUCUUUUCAUGACACAUCCUCUGUUUCAUCGCUUGCUCACUUGGGGUCUCUACCCAUUUCGCUUGUUUCUGUAGAUCGCUCUGCCGAAACUCACAUACUACCUUCAUCACUGCCAAUUCUGCCUCUUCUCCCCCAUCUCGCAUCUUUGCUUGCAUCUCUCUCCCAGUAAGAAUAAGCUACCUAGGUUUGAUCGUGCGCAUGUUCUCUCGAGUUUGUGAGUGUAGUCCACGGAUGUGGUAAGAGGGAGUUGGGUGGUUUUGGGGGUCGUGAGUAGAUUGUGGGUUGGCUUGAGUGGCAGGCGAUGGUGGUACCUCGGGUUGCAUUCUGGUGAUGGUGGUUGCCUGAAGGAGGAGGAAGACGAGGUGACAAGCUUGGUCCAUCUUGCCCCUGAACCACUACUUGAGACCGUCAUUUCGUGGGUUUCAGACAUGGAUUCUGAAGAUGAAAUGCUAGAUGCUUGGGCUGGUACAUCAGAUGGCGAGUUUGUAAAUGAAGAAGAAGAAGAUGAGGAUUCAGACGCUCUUCCUAGUGAUGGCGAAAAUUAUGAAUCAGAUUAUGGUUUUGAUUAUUCGAAUGCGGACGAUUUACAUCCCAGUUCUCGUCUACCUCAGACUAAUUUCACAGUCCUUAGUGAGAAAGAUAUUCGGCAGCGACAAGCUGAAGAUGUUGCAACAAUCACUAAUUUCCUGUCUAUAUCUCCUGUGGAUGCUGGGGUUUUACUUCGACACUUUAAGUGGAGUGUGAGCAAAGUCAAUGACGAGUGGUUCGCGGACGAGGAACGUGUGCGCGCAAGCGUCGGUUUAUUGGAAAAGCCUGUGUUUAACAAAAGACUUACCCUAAAAGAGAUGGUUUGCAAGAUAUGUUUUGAGAUAUGUCCGCUUGAGAACAUGAGGGCAUCCAGAUGCGGGCACUAUUUUUGUGAGACCUGUUGGACAGGUUACAUACACACUGCUAUUAAUGAUGGGCCUGGAUGUUUGACUUUGCGAUGUGCGGAUCCAUCCUGUGGGUCAGCCAUUGGAGAAGACAUGGUACUGGGUUUGGUUUCGGUAGAAGACCAACAGAAGUACACACGUUAUCUUUUGAGAUCUUAUGUUGAAGACAACCGAAAGCAGGUUAAGUGGUGCCCAGCACCUGGCUGUGAAUAUGCGGUGGAAUUUCAACCUGGCGUUGGUUCAUAUGACCUUGUCUGCAAGUGCGAUUUCAGCUUUUGCUGGAAUUGUCGAGAAGAGGCACAUCGGCCUGUGGAUUGUGACACAGUCAACAAGUGGAUAUUGAAGAAUUGUGCAGAGUCAGAGAACAUGAAUUGGAUUCUUGCAAACAGCAAACCCUGCCCCAAAUGUAAAAGGCCAAUUGAGAAAAACCAAGGGUGUAUGCACAUUACUUGCACACCUCCUUGCAAAUUUGAGUUUUGCUGGCUCUGUCUCGGAGCAUGGACUGAUCACGGUGAAAGGACGGGGGGGUUCUAUGCGUGCAACCGGUAUGAAACUGCGAAGCAAGAAGGCGUGUAUGAUGAAGCAGAGCGGAGGAGGGAGAUGGCUAAGAACUCCCUUGAACGUUACACACAUUAUUAUGAACGCUGGGCAACGAAUGAAUCUUCAAGGGCGAAGGCGCUUGCAGAUCUUCAUCAAAUGCAUCCUGGGCAGAUUGAAAAGCUGAGUGACAAACAAUGCCAACCCGUAUCGCAGCUUAAGUUUGUAACAGACGCCUGGCUGCAGAUUGUGGAGUGCCGGCGUGUAUUGAAGUGGACCUACGCUUAUGGGUAUUAUUUACCUGAGAAUGAGCACACAAAGAGACAGUUUUUUGAAUAUUCACAAGGCGAGGCAGAAGCUGGCUUGGAGCGUCUUCAUCAGUGUGCAGAGAAGGAUUUGCAGACUUUUCUUGAAGGAGACUCUCCCUCCAGUUCAUUCAAUGACUUCCGCACGAAACUUGCUGGCUUGACCAGCGUGACAAAGACUUACUUCGAGAACCUAGUUCACGCUUUAGAGAGCAACCUCUCAGACGUAGAUAUCCCUAAAGUAGCAGCCAAGUCCAGCAGCAGCUCCAAGGCCUCGGGGAGCUCCAAAGUGCGAGGUGGAAGGGCGAAAUUAGGAAGCUCUAGAAGCGGUGGAUCUAGUCGGAGUGGAGAGGAGGGGACUCAUUGGACUUAAGAGCAUUGCACGUAUUGCAAUAUCACAGCCACUUCCUCCAAUGCGUGCUUUGUAACUAUCCUCGAUUUUAAUAUUGUUCUUGCUCAGUAUCUCGUCCCUGACUCAGCUUGUUAGCUCCCUGUCACCACUCCAGAUCCUCGAGAUGUGCAUCGUCCUGGUUAUUCCAGGACUAGCAACCGCUCUUUUUGGAUCUGGAGGUUGGAGGCAGUUGUGCUUUGUUGAAGACUCGUCAGGAUUCUAUCAGAAUGUGGACACAGUUUAACUCCUUGGAUUAGGCUUCUUGGUGUCACUGAUACUGACAGUGUAUCGAUUGGAUUGUUUGUUGUAUAAAACCUAGUCAACACGGUGGAUGAUUAGGGAGAAAGGAGGGUUGUCUCGAGGCCAUGUGAUUUUUUUAGUGGUGCCGAAUCUUCAAUGAUAUCUGGCCUAAUCCCGAUGCUCCACAUGUAUAUGUGUCUAUUUGCACUGUCAAUGUGGUGAAGGAAGGGUUGUUUCUAGUGGCAGAGAGAUGGGCAUGUUACGUUUUGUGCCUGGGAACAUUGUACUGAUUAUAGCUUAUUAGAGAAGAAGCAGUGAGUAGGUGUUAGUAAAACUACUGGUGAUUGGCGACCAGAAUUUGUAAACUGCAGAUUGGCAAGUUGCUCUUGCAAUUUGAGCCGGCCACACUUCGAAUCUUGUAUAGUUCCCUCUUCUUGAAUGUCAAUUCUUGGAACUUUUGAUUUAUCUCA